AUGAUUACCAAUAUCAAGACCAGAAAACUGAAUGUCGCUGUGGCGGCGAUGGAGGACGAAAAGGAACAGAUGGAGACUAAGCUACGCGACAGUGCGACUACUAUUGCGAUGUUGAAGUCGCGUGUGACGAAACUGGAACUGGACAUGCAAGUGUCGAAGAAGCAGAGGGACGACGACGACUCGGGUGAGACUUCGAAGAGCGACCUUAUGGAGCGCAACUCCCUCCUCCUGACUGUUCUUCAGCACCUUGAAAGCAUUCUCGGUGGCGACAGCCGUCUGGACGGAAACAUGUUGCCCAAGCCCUCGGCCAACUUUGUUUACUUUUCCAGCCACCUGAUCUCGCGACUGAAAUCGCUGAGCAAGCUGUUUAUUUUGUUUGAGAGAAAGGGCAAGGAACUCGAAGACAAGGCCACCGGCCAAUUGGUGUAA